AUGCCGGAGAUUGGGAGUCUCAGAGCACUUGCCAACGGCGAGAGCCAGUUCGUUGGCAGCUCCUCUGGUGUCUAUUUUAUCAACACCGUGAGACGAGCGUUUUCCGCACACACCGGCGCAACAGCAGAAGCCGGCCAGCGGACCAAUGACGUGGGCGCAGAGCUUCGCGAUGAUCCAUCACCAGAGGAUUGUAUUGUCGGGGCCGGAGGAGAUGAUGAGACCGGGCAAGACGAGAAUGCGGACAACGCGGGCCCCCAUGAAUCUCACCCACAGUCGCACGAUCACCUCUCCCCGUUUUCUACCGGUUCCGACUUCAUCAAUGAUAUGAGCAAACUCCCAGACUAUUCCACCGCUAGGAGACUCGUGAUGACAUACUUCAGAAUUUGGCACCCUUUGGUUCCUUUCUUGCAAGGCCCCGAAUGCCUCGCCGAGUUAGACGCUCUGUACGACUCUACCGAGCAUGACCGACGCAAUGUUGCGUCUCUCAGUCGUCUAGUCAUCUUCAGGUGCAUCUUCAGCAUUGCGAGACUAGAUAGUGACGUCGCAGUGGACAUAGGAUCUGCAGGGAUCCGAUCAAGCUCCGAUCUACUACCCACCCUGAGCCUCUUGGCUCUACGGAGCGAUGCCUGUUCCAUCCAGGCGCUUCUUAGCGCUCAAGUGUACUUUAUAUCCGUCAUGUCUCUUCGACAUGCAUCAUCCGUCGGUGGUCUAAUUUCAAAGUCCAUAUUCCAGUCCGGCAUGCAUCGCUGCCCCGUUCGAUAUGGCCACCUAUCUCCAGAUGAACGAUCCAUGCGCAAGCGAAUUUUCUGGAGCUUUUAUGUUCUGGACCGAUUUGUGAGCCAGUCUCUAGGCCACCCUAGCGGCAUUCAAGACUCAGAUAUCGAUCCAACCACCCCGAAAGAUGUGCGAAAUCUCAAGACAAAGGAGAGUACGAUUCAGAUUCAUCAACAGAAGUGGAAGAAGGGGAUCAAAACCCGGCCGGAAGUAGCGAAGCAAACGCCAGUUCAGCCAAAGCUGCGGCCAUUCUUCAACACCGUCAAGAGACUCAGAACGUUCUUCAAAACCACGUCCAUACAUGCUCGGGACAUGAACAACCAGACGAUCCUUUUCCUCAAAGCCGAUGUUGCUGCCUGGGGCAACGAUCUCACAGAACCACGGCCCGGUCCAACCCUUAUGAACAUUCCAGAGCUCACUCCAGACCCAACCGUCUUCCCAUUCAUCACCUAUCAUUACACUGUCCUUCUACUCAACAGACCGUCACUGUCAUUGGACUCAAGAUGCGCCGAGUUUCGUGCGGCACUACAAACAUGCAUCAGUGCCGCUAAGGCCAUUGUACCAACCGUCGAGCAGUAUCACCAGACCGGAGGACCGUUGUUUUGGCCCGGCUACAUGUCUGCUGUCUGGAUGAGCGGUCUUGUGCUGGCGCUUUCAGCUCGUGUGAAGUCAUACAGUCUCUCUAGAGCCAAGUCCGGUAUUCGCACUGUCCUCAAGUUGCUGACGGUCAUGGAAAACCGAUGGCGUAUGGCUAAGGACUGCAAAGGAGUUUUGUCUGUGCUGCUGGACAACAUUGAGCAUAGAGCAAAGGGGCAUAAGAGAACUCGCAUCGAAGGGGAUGACACACCGAGCCCACUUCCGACAAAUAGUGAUGGAAGUCCACGGACAACGAAACGGCAAAUGACACAAGCCCCAUCUGCGGGAUUUCGUGGGCGUCUAGAUCGGGCUAAUGGGCGAUCCUCUCGAUCUUCACAUGCGCUCGCACAGAACAGAUCAAGGACGCCAUUGACCCAUUCCGCCCAGCGAAGUGUCAGGUUUCACGACAACCGAAGCGACAACUUCUUUUACAACGUGGAAACCCCGCAACAUAUUGCCAACUCACACCAACAAAUGACCACAUUUUCCCCAGGUUUCAGCACGGGAGAGCCGACCCUCUUUGGAACUUCCCAGGACAUGAGCUUUCAGAACAACACCUCUAACAUGAGCACAUAUUUCUCACAAAUUCCCACGACAUUUCCAGAUCGACAGAGAACCGCCCAGGGCCAAAUGGACCAGUAUGGUGACACGGAUAACUUUUUCGACAUGUUCGACGGAGCAACAUGGGGAUCUCUUAUAGAUAUUGUAAAUGAUGCUGGGACUGGGAUGUAA